AUGAAAUAAAUUGUCUUUGAUAAGGUCUAUGAAGGAUUCCACACUCUCAACGACGAAAUAGUUGCCAUCAAACAAUUAGACUUGAUCAUCCUCCAAAAGGACAAGUAAUUAAACAAACCAAUAGGUACCACACCAAUUCAAAUCAACUAAUUGCAGAGGAUAGAAAUCAUGUGUAAAUUGAGUCACAAGAAUAUUGUCAAACUUUUUGAGCUCUUGAAUAACAAGAAAUCCUUAUUGAAUAUGUCUGAAAUGUGUUUUAAGCAGAUAUCUUAAACUAUUGAUCGAAAGCAAGUUAUUAGUGAGUAUCAAGUAAACUCUUCAUUCUAUAGCCUAGGCUAUCGAUAUUAUGCUCCAAAUACUAGAAGGUUUCAAAUGAUUAAUCAAGAGCGGCGUUAUUCAUCUAGAUAUGAAACCAGCCAAAGUUUUCAGAUAUAGUCAUUGUCAAAUUUACUAAUUUUGGAAUUGCUAAAUAUGUUGAGAAUUAUUCAUCCCAAUUACUUAUACCUGAAGUUGGAAGUCCAGUUUAUAUGGUACUUCAAGUAAUAGAAAAGAUAGCAUUACAGUACUAAAUGUGAUAUUUGGUCGCUCAGAGUUAUUUUUAUUGAAAUUUUACACUUCGAUGUAAUCUUUUAUCCCAUCUACAAUACCUUGAAAAGAGAUGGAUGGAGUAGACCUUUUACUAAACAUCAAAACUUAAUAUUUAUAAUUCAAAAAUGA